AAAACCCAGAGAAAUUCAACGAACGGGUUAUCUUCAAAAGGAAAAGGCUCUUAGGUGGGUUCUCGUUUUCUCUCCAUUGGUUUUCGUGCUACUAGGUUUUGUACUCAUGGAACCUUGCUUCCAACGGAAGCAACCGCCGGAUCGCCCUCCUGGUGAUCCUGAAGGUGAAGCAAGUGAGCCAAAGAAGGUGAAGGCCACUAGAUCAGACUUUUCGGAUCCAAUGUUGCCGGAAAGCAAUGAAAGGCUACAUAAUGAAAUGGAAGCCAGAACUGGUGAAACUUCAAAGACAAUGGAAACUGAGGAAGGGAUCAUAAAGACUCAAGAUAUGGAUACAGAUGAAAGAACAACAUGCUUGCAAAAGGUACCAACUAUGCCUUACAAAGUAUGGCUUAGGGUUUUAAUGGAGUGGCAAAUGGUGAUGUGGAUUUAUGGGAUUCCAGACUUUGAACUCAUUGAUCUCUACAAUAACUAUUAUGUUGUCCGAUUUACUAAUUUACAGCAAAAGAAAGCUCAGUACAAACGAGUUCUUUUUGAGGGACCAUGGGUAGUGAUGCAACAUUGUGUUCUCGUCCAACGAUGGUCUCCCUACUUUGAUCCUUUCAACAAUCCUCUAGGUUGA